AUGCAUGGGCCAUGGACAAUUCCAGACUCCGUGGUGAACAAAGCAGAACUGCUUCUUCAUCCUCUCAGCUUCUGCUUCAUUGAUAUGAUAAUCAGUGAAAACUCACACACGGCAACAAUGGCUUUACUCCCAUCUUUCCGUACUAUUAUCACUCGUUUUUACAGGCCAACGAAACCGCCUCCACAACUGAUCUUUUCCUCGCUUUUGUUCCCCAAAAAGCUCUCUUCUCUUUUCCCUCUCCCCCCUAAACCCCAACCACUUAAACCCCUUGCCUCCACUCGCCAAGAGACUAGUUUCGUUUCCAACAGAGAUGAGCGCUUGGUGGGUUUGGGUUCAGUGAACGAUGGUGGUUCAAUUGAGACCCAGAGCUCGACCAGCACCAUUGCAGCCAUCGUCACUUCUCUAGGAGGCCCUCCUGCUGCCGUUGGCAUUGUUCGUUUGUCUGGUCCCAACGCUGUCGAUAUCGCUGGCCGUGUUUUUUCCCCGGCUAAGAAGAAGAAGGGGUUUGAUUCAGGUUCGGGUUCUUGGAAACCUAAAAGUCAUAUUGUUGAAUAUGGCGUUGUUUUGGAUUCUCAGGGGAAUGUAGUUGAUGAGGUUUUAGCUGUGCCAAUGUUGGCUCCAAAAUCAUAUACUCGUGAAGAUGUGGUUGAGCUCCAGUGCCAUGGGAGUGAAGUGUGUCUGCGUCGUGUGUUGAAGGCUUGUUUAGAAGCUGGAGCAAGGCUUGCUGAACCAGGCGAGUUUACCCUCCGUGCGUUCUUAAAUGGUCGAUUAGAUCUUUCCCAAGCUGAAAAUGUUGGAAAAUUAAUUUCAGCUAAGUCUGUUGCUGCCGCUGAUGCAGCUUUGGCAGGAAUGCAGGGUGGCUUCUCUACUUUAGUCAGAUCAUUGCGAGGACAAUGCAUUGAGUUGCUUACUGAGAUAGAGGCUCGUUUAGAUUUUGAGGAUGAGAUGCCUCCACUCGAUGUCAACAUCAUUAUGGAUAGCAUGCAUGCCAUGUCUCAGGAUGUAGAGCACGCACUGGAAACUGCCAAUUAUGACAAACUUGUGCAAUCAGGAUUGCAGAUAGCAAUUGUUGGCCGUCCGAAUGUUGGGAAGUCAAGCCUCCUUAAUGCAUGGAGCAAAAGUGAGAGAGCAAUAGUUACAGAGAUUGCAGGAACCACUAGGGAUGUGGUGGAAGCCAGUGUCAGCGUUGCUGGUGUCGCUGUUACACUUCUUGAUACUGCAGGCAUCAGGGAAACUGAUGAUAUCGUGGAGAAGAUUGGUGUGGAAAGAUCUGAAGCUGUUGCAAUGGGUGCUGAUGUCAUCAUCAUGACGGUGAGUGCUAUUGAUGGAUGGACUCUGGAAGAUACGAAACUUGUUGAGAGGAUUCGAUCCAAUAUGGGAUCAGCAUCCAUUCCGAUGAUUCUAGUAAUCAAUAAAAUAGACUGUGCUUCAUCUGCUUGCUCUGAUUGGGUCAAUAGAGAAGCCAAGUUGUUCAGUAAGCAUGUCUUUACGUGUGCCAUCACUGGUCAAGGGAUACAUGACUUGGAGAAAUCAAUCUUACAGAUUGUUGGCCUAGACAAGAUUCCCGCUGGGGGCCGUAGAUGGACCGUUAAUCAGAGACAAUGCGAACAGCUGAUGCGAGCCAAGGAGGCUCUUGUAAGAUUGAAGUUGACGAUAGAGGAGGAUCUGCCUCUUGAUUUUUGGACAAUUGAUUUAAAAGAGGCUGCAUUGGCUCUUGGCCAGAUAAGUGGAGAUGACAUUUCUGAGGAGAUUUUAUCUAACAUUUUUGGUAAGUUCUGUAUUGGUAAAUAGUUGGUUGUGAAGUAGCUGAUGUAAAAUCACAAUUUUUUUUUUUUGUGAAAUUACUGUAUUUCAUAGAAUGUUAAAUGUAUGUUUAUUAAAUCGUAUAAAAAUUUAUAAAA